AAUCUGGACUGAAAUGAAUUAAUAGUGAAUGUGGACGGUUUUAAUAAAAAUUGUAGGAAAUUAGUGCAAAUGCUAUAAAUUUUUACUUAAUUUGUAUUUCAUAACUUGAACGAUUAUGUCGUUAACAUUAUUAAAUCUGUAAAAAUCCUUUUUUUUUGUAUAAAUUCAACAAUAUGUACUCCAGCAAAGAUGCGGCAAAUCCGUCGUAUCCCACGCAAUGGGCCUUGAAUCCUAAUGCGUAUCAAAAUGUGGACUCGAGUCAGGUAGACUGGGCUGCUUUGGCUCAGCAAUGGAUCGCUAUGAAGGAAGCGGCGGCGAUUGUGGCAGCGCCGCCGCCACCUUCCAUGAAAUCUGAUGCUGAAGAAGGCGAGGCGCCGAUGGAAGUUGAAAAUCCUGACAAUUCAGAGGCAGUUGCCCCACCCGCACCUGAAUGGAAUGCAUCCACUAAUUCAUGGGGUAACAAUUGGAACCAAUGGGGCUGGGGAUGGUCGGGAAGUGGCACUGUUGAUGCCAAGUUGGCAGCAGAUCAAACUAUGGCAAUAAGGCAAAUGAUGGAUGGGUACUCUGGAGACAACAAUGCAUCUAUGCCUGGAUAUACAACUGGGGGUGUGCCAACCCCAACAUUCCAGCAUGGUUAUUGGACUGCUCAGCCUUCGGAGAGUAACGACAGCAGGAGCAGCAGUCGCAGCAGAGAUAGAAGGUCCAAGAGUAGAAACAGGGAUCAUAAGUCAUCUAGGAGUUCAAGGGCCCAAAGAGAUAAGAUAUCGGCACCUGUCAUAGCUCCAGUUAUAGAGCCGAUGGUUAUCCCAGCACCCGUGCCCACGCCAACCAUUGAUGCGGCUAAACGAAGACAACUACCUGCUUGGAUCAGAGAGGGACUAGAAAAGAUGGAACGUGAGAAACAAAAGGCGCUAGAACGGGAACAAGAGAAGAAAGCUAGAGAAGAAGCAGAAAAGGAGAAGAAGAGACUGGAAGAAGAAGAAAUGGCGCGAAUGAAGGCAGAAGCCGGUGGAGAACCAAUACCACCACCUAAGAGCAAAUUUGAAUCCGAUUCGGAACCAGAUGAUGCAGAAGAAGUGCAAGAGAGAGUUUCGUCACCUGUCGAAGCAUCUAACGAGGAAGAUGUUCCACAAGAAGAACCUCCUCAGGCAUUCAGAAAGAGUAAAGAGGAGAUAAUGCAGGAAGUGAUGUUAGCAGUCCGUCGUUCACUGACAGAGAUCCUCCUAGAGGUGACAGACCAGGAGAUUCAAACGGUGAGCCAGGAAGAAUUGGCCCGGUAUAACGCCGCUCAAGCAUCGCGCCUCAACGCCAUGAAGGCGAGCAAGUCGAAGGCACUGGCCGCUAUCGCCACUGGGCUCGGACUGGGCGCUUACGAGAGCAGCAGUGAGGAGAGUGCAGACGAAGACGAACAAAACGAAAUUACUGACCAACAACUACAUGACAUCAUCAAGCGUAAACGUCAAGAGUUCGAGCGGACGUCGCGCGAGAUAGAAGCGGAGGUGCGCCGCGCCGAGCUCCGAGAGACCGGCGAGGAGCCCACCACGCCCGUAGCUAAUACCCCGGACAGACCCAGGAGAUCACAAAGUUCAGCCACCCCACCGCCCUUGGAUAGCGAUACUCCCGAAAAGCCACCCGAACGUCGUUUAUCGCGAGAUAAAAAAGGAAAUCACAAAUCUAAUGACAAAAUUGAUGGUGCUAGAAAAUUAGAAGUCAUCCCGGAAGAGAAACCAAAGAAAUCAAGUAAAAGAGAUUAUACACCUAGUCCUCAAAAAAGCAGUACCAAAACCAACAACAAACACAGUUCCAGUUCUAGUGAUUCAGAGGCGGAUUCUUCCUCCAGUUCGAGUGACUCGUCAUCAGAUAGUGAAUCUGGUCAAAAAGUAGAUUCGAAACAAGUGAAAAAACGCAAACGCCGAAGCUCCAGUUCUAGUGUAUCACACAAAAAAGCGAAGAAAGAAAAAUACAAGAGUAAAUCGUAUAAAACAGAAGACAAAUAUUCAAAAUCAAAACAUUAUGAUGAAAGUGAGAGAUCGGAAAAAUCAAGAAGAAAAGAUGACUCUUAUAGCAGACACAAGUCUUCUAGAAGUAAAGAUUACGACAGGUCGCAUAAAGAUAAAUAUAGGGACGAUUCGGAGGAGGAACGACCUAGGAAACGUACUAAACGUUCUCGUUCGGCGAGUUACGAAUCGAAAUCGGGGCGCAGAAGGUUAUCAAGGGAUCGGUCCGAGGAGCAUUCGCGUCGUCGUGAUAGAAGGUCAUACGAUAGGGAAACCUCGAAGCGGGAUAGGUCUUACGACCGAUCCGGCCGCGACUACGACAAGCAUGAUAGGUAUGAGCGGUCUAGGGACUACGACCGGCGGCGCUCGCGCAGUGGCAGCCACUCACGCUACAGACGGUGAACAUCAGGUUACAAAUAUAGCAGGUGGGGCAUUGGCUUCAGGUGUAUAUAAUUUUAGUAUUUAUGUAUAGUAUUCUAAUUAUGCUUAAGCAUCCUUACAUUAUUCCAAUAAAUUUUAAUGAAUUUGAUAAAAUUUGUUUGAUUUUGACUUUAUCCACAAAGUGAAACAAACAACAGACUGUUUGUUGAGUACUUUUAUUUACUUAUAAAUUACAUAAUGUAGGGAUUUCCGGUAUUGGCUUUAAAAAAUAAGCACCAUAUAUUUUUUAUUAUUGAUAAAUAUUUUUCUGCAAUGACUCAGAAAAAAAUGAAUCCAAUGAUGAAGGAAGAAUAAUAUUUUAAUCACAGUUUAGGCAUAUUCCAUCUAAUCAAACCAACCUAAGUGUACAGUCAAAUAAUGAUUCAUGCUAUUCGAAUUAAUAUAAAGGCAAACCAAUCUACUACAUAGCUUCAAAUCUUUACACUAAAUAAUUAUUUUUCUUCAUUAACAUAAUCAAAAGUUGGAGGAUUGUUCUGAAUAGAUGAAAUAAAAUGAAAUGCAAGUUUUAUUUUGAUAUUAUUACUUGCCAACAAUUUAAUAUGUUACAAAUUUAUUAUUUGUAUUGAUACUGCCAUAGUAACUACAAAGAUUAUUAACUAAUCUCUCAAUAAAUAAAAUAUCCCAUUUUUUCAUACUCCAAUUACACUUAGGCCCUAAUAUUUGCAACAAUACAUAAUUAAAUGCCUACUUUCCAAACCUUUGAUCACAUUUGUUAUACUUAUACAGAGCACCUACAUAACAUUCAAUAUUUAUACAUUGAUCUAAGGAAAGUUGAACAAACUCGGAGAGUCUUAUUUGCCAUGGUAAUAAACCAUGUGUACAACAUAAAGACCCUGUGUACAUAAUCAAAUCUGGAUCAGGAAUUGAUGGGUAAAAUCUUCUUAUAGUCUCGUCUAAUUCUUGUGCAGUAAAUUCAUUUCCUUCUCUUUUACAGUCCACCUCAUUUGAAGCAAUCUUGCGUAUGCACUCUGCCAACUUUGGUCUACCAUCAGAAUUUGCGAAAAUGUUUAUAGUAAUAGUAUGGGCUUGAAUUCCAUUUGUAUAACCAUUUAAAUUAGGCCUGUUAGACCAUUUUAUGCAGCCCGGCACACCUUUUUUACAUUUUUCUACUUCCACAAAUAACUUGGAUUCGCUUUGUUUAAGUUCACCUGAAAGUAAGGAGUAAAAUUUAAUAACACCAUCAUAGAAACUGAUGUACGGAACCCCUGCCACAAGACUCCAGAUCACCACUAAAGCAAGAUCCUUCAACGAAUGUUGACUCGUGUCUGUUAAAAGUACCAAGUGUUUCGGCUUUUUGCUUAUAUUAGGAAUAUGCUUUAUUAACACUCCAAUAUCAGUUUUUGCCUCCUGCUCACUGAAUAAUCCACAGUAAUAAGUCCAAAAACAAUGAUAAACAUUCUGAACAGCAACAAGUAAAGACACUACUAAAUGUACAAUAGAAAAUAAACACUGCCUAAGCAGCCUUGACAGCAUAUUCAAGGCUAAAUGAUGUUAACUUUUAUUAAAUAAAAUUUAUAGAUUAUUUCAUUUUAAAAUGCAUUUUUUGCAAAAGGAUGGUUGAGCGGAUCGGAUCGGACAUC